GUGAGAAAUCAUUCCAGCUUGUUCCUCUGAAGGUGGACUAUGGACGUGUCUGAGCAGAGAGGGGACGGGGUCUGUUGGCACAUGACCCUGUUUGAGAAACACGACCACCAGACCGGAGCUGACAGUGUAAUGAAGCAGGACGGACCAGACCCCCCUGCCCCGCGGUGUGAGAGUGACGCUUCCAGGAUGGAGCCUAUUGAUUUGAAGGAUGGAGGCAUCACUGAUGAGCAGAUUGUAAUGAAGCAGGACGGACCAGACCCCCCUGCCCCGCGGUGUGACAGUGACACUUCUAGGAUGGGGCUUAUUGAUUUCAAGGAUGGAGGCAUCACUGAUGAGCAGACUCCGGAGGAUCAGGACAGACCAGACCCCCCUGCCCCGCGGUGUGAGAGUGACACUUCUAGGAUGGGGCUUAUUGAUUUCAAGGAUGGAGGCAUCGCCGAUAAGCAGAUAGCUCACAGGAAGAGGUCCCAGAUUAUCAGUAAGCGGUCUGCCCGGAAGCAUCAGACAAACCUGGACUCCAUAUUCACACUGCUUGAAGAAAACAUUGUCAGUUUUGUGAAGAGCGAGCUGAAGAAGUUCAAGACGGUUUUGAGUCAAGAAUAUCCACAAAGCUCAGAGACGCUGAGAGAAGACGACGAAGUGAUGGGCGGUGAAGAAAAAGAGACGAGCAGCAGAAACGCGUUUCUGAAAAUCACCCUGCACUUCUUGAAGAGCAUAAAGCAGGAGCAGCUGGCCGACUCUCUGCAGAGCAGAACUGCGGUAGCAAUUUGUCAACGCAAACUAAAGGCUAAAAUGAAGACGAAGUUUCAGUGUUUGUUUGAGGGGCUCGCCAAGGCAGGAAACCCAACACUGCUGAAUCAGAUCUACACAGAGCUCUACAUCACACCGGGAGAGAGUCGAGAGGUCAAUGAUCAGCAUGAGGUCAGACAGAUAGAAGCAGCAUCACAAAAACCAGCCGGUUCUGAAACAACAAUCAGAUGUGUGGAUAUAUUCAAACCUCUACCUGGUAAAGACGAACCAGUGAGAACGUUGGUGACAAGCGGAGUGGCUGGCAUCGGGAAAACGGUCCUAACGCAGAGGUACAUCCUGGAUUGGGCCGAAGCCAAAGCUAACCACAACGUGCAGUUCAUCUUUCCCUUCACUUUCCGAGAGCUCAGUUUGCUGAAAGAGAAGAAGUGCAGCUUGGUGGAACUUCUUCAUCACUUCUUCAUUGAAACCAAAAAAGCAGGAAUCUGCAGGUUUGAGGAGUUCCAGGUUGUGUUCAUCCUUGAUGGUUUGGAUGAGUGUCGACUUCAUUUAGAUUUCCGCAACCAUGAGAUCCUGACUGAUGUCACAGAGCCAACUUCAGUUGAAGUCCUACUGACAAACCUCAUCAGGGGGAACCUGCUUCCCUCUGCUCGCCUCUGGAUAACCACAAGACCUGCAGCAGCCAAUCAGAUCCCUCCUGAAUGCAUUGACAUGGUGACAGAGGUCAGAGGGUUCACUGACCCACAGAAGGAGGAGUACUUCAGGAAGAGAUUCAGAGAUGAGAAGCAGGCCAACACUAUCAUCUCCCACAUCAAGACAUCGCGAAGCCUCCACAUCAUGUGUCACAUCCCAGUCUUCAGCUGGAUGACUGCUACAGUGCUGGAGCAUGUGCUGAAAACAAAAGAGACAGGAGAGCUUCCCAAGACCCUGACUGAGAUGUACAUGCACUUCCUGGUGGUUCAGACCAGACACUGGAAUGUAAAGUAUCACACGAGUGGGUGGACAGGUCCAGUCUGGAACACAGAGACCAAGGAGACCAUUCUCGCUCUGGGAAAACUGGCUUUUGAGCAGCUGGAGAAAGGAAACCUGAUCUUCUGUGAAGCAGAUCUGAAAGACUGUGGAACUGACGUAAAAGCUGCUUCAGUCUACUCAGGACUCCUCACAGAGAUCUUCAAAGAUGAGCAAGGGCUGAACCAGGACAAGCGUUUUUGCUUUGUCCAUCUGAGCAUUCAAGAGUUUCUUGCUGCACUCUUUGUCUUCCUGAGCUUCAUCGACACUGGCGUCGAUUUGCAAAAAAGAAGCAAAGUCAUCUCAGUACGGCCAACACCAUUACAGUAUAAAGCUAACUUCACACACCUCUUCCAGAGGGCUGUGGACAAGGCUUUACAGAGUCCAAACGGACACCUGGACUUGUUUGUCCGCUUCCUCCUGGGCCUUUCAGUGGAGACCAAUCAGACUCACCUGCGAGGCCUGCUGACAAAGACAGGAGGAACACCACAGGUCAAACAGACGCUAGUGCAGUACAUCAAGAAAAAGAUCAGUGGCAACCCUUCUCCAGAGAAGAUCAUCAACUUGUUGCACUGUCUGAAUGAGCUGAAUGAACAUUCUGUGGUGGAGGAGAUCCAACAGCACCUGAGAUCAGGAAACUUCUUCAAAAACAAGCUCUCUACCUCUCAGUGGGCAACGCUUGCCUUCAUUUUACUGUCAUCACAAGAAGAUCUGAAUGAGUUUGACCUGAAGAAAUUCUCUGCUUCAGAGGAGGGACUUCUGCGGCUGCUGCCAGUGGUCCAAGCAUCUAAAACAUCUCUAUUGAGUGGCUGCAACCUCUCAUCAAAAAGUUGCGAAGCUCUGGUCUCAGUUUUGAAGUCAAAGAACUCCAGUCUGAGAAAGCUGGACCUGAGUAACAAUGACCUGUGCGAUACAGGAGCAAUGCUACUCUCAGCUGGACUCCAGAGUCCAAACUGUAGACUGGAGACACUCAGCCUGUCAGGCUGUCAGAUCACAGAGAAAGGCUGUACUUUUCUGGUCUCUGCUCUGAACUCCAACCCCUCCCACCUGAGAGAGCUGGACCUGAGCUUCAAUCACCCGGGAGCCUCAGCAGUAAAGCUGCUGUCUGCUGGACUGGCUGACCCACACUUGAAACUGGAAACUCUCAGGAUCGAUCAUUGUGGAGAGUGUCGACUGAAAGCAUCGUACCUCAAGUAUUUCUGUCAGCUUUCACUGGACCCAAACACAGCAGACAGAAACCUCUCGCUGUUUGACGACAACAGACAGGUGAUGGUGGUGAAAGAGAAGCAGACGUAUCCUGAUCACCCAGAGAGAUUUGAGAGCUGGAAUCAGGUGCUGGGCAGUGAGGGCCUCACCGGACGAAGCUACUGGGAGGUACGGUGGAAAGGAGGAGUUAAUAUAGGAGUGACAUACAGAGGAAUCAAGAGGAGAGGAGGCGCUCGUGAUGGCUGUUUUGGAUUGAACGAUCAGUCCUGGAGUCUGUCCUGCUCUGCUCAGGGUUACACUCCCUGGCACGAUAACACACCAGCCAACACGACUACAGCGCUGCCCUCUGACACCAACAGGGUGGCAGUGUAUUUGGACUGGCCUGCAGGCACUGUGUCGUUCUAUUGUCUCUCCUCCACAGCCACACAGAUCCACCUCCACACCUUCCACUCCAGAUUCACUGAACCCCUCUACCCUGCAUUUGGGUUCGGACAGUUGGGUCAAUGUGGGACUGACUCUUGCUUUUUAGGAUCCUCAGUUUCUCUGUCACAGAUGGACGAAUGAGAAUCCUGUCUCUUCUUUGCAGCAACGGGUCCCAAAGUGGGCGUGUUAAAACAGACCAACAGUGCUGCAAGAUUCAUUCUCAUAUUUCCCCCCCUGCUGUACAUUUCCAGAAACAAUUUACCAUGUAAAACUGUUUUUUUUUUGUUAUAUAUACAUAUAUGUCUUUUCCCGCUGUGCAGUAGUUAUAGACAGACGGGAAAAGCGAGGAAGGACAGAUUUCUCACAGUAACAAGAGCUAAAAGAAAAACCAAUACACAUGAGUUUUCAAUGCAGCCUGAGACGAAAGUGGAAGUGGAAAUCAGACUGUGAAGCAAAACUGUGGCUUUCGGGUUGCUGUGGAGAGAGAACGCUUGCUGUCCUACAGCAGAAUGGCACGUCUGCAGGGAAAACUAAGGCAACGAUGCCAAGAAAGCUCAAGAGACAUCGCAGGAUACUGUUUGUCUUAUACAAAGAUACUAUGAUAAGCUAUACAGACUACAUAUUCAUUCAUGCAUCUUGGUAAUGGAAAAACCUGCAAAAAGAACUAAAAUCAGAUAGAUUUGUAAGCAUUAACAAAUUUAAGGGUAUUGUGAGAAAUGUGGUGAAGGAGGCAUGUGAUUGAUUUUCUAGUGUCACCUAAAAAUAACUCUUUUCUGUUUUGUUUCUGUGAACUUUGGUGUAUACAAUGUGUUGUUUGUUGAUUUAAUGUGUCGUGAUUUGUGGCUGCUACCUUGUAAAAGAGAUUCUAAACACCAAUGGGACUUCCUGGUAAAACAAAGGCAAAAUAAAAAGUAAAUUAAAAAAAAUACUGACUCUGCUGUUUGCUACAACUUCUGUUGGAGCCACAGUUUUGCACGUUUCCAGGCAC